AUAAACAUUUUAGUUCUUCAAAAUUCAAGGGGGGUUGAAUUAAUACAAAGCAAGCUUAAGAGUUGAAUAGACAAUAACUUAAAAGGAAAGAGACUUAGACAUCAUAUUAUAUAAUUUAAGAGACUGCUUAUUUUCAGAUAAAGUUUUUAUGGAUAAUAAAUAAUUCUUACAUUCAUUUUUAAAACAAAUUAAGGGUUUACUCUUUUUCCAUUUAAAUUUUAUGUAUGUGAUAUUUACCCAUAAUAAUGAUUAUGUUAACCAUCUUCGUUGUCUCUCUUGAGAGACCAUCCAUAUAAAUCAAAACCUGGAAUGAAUCAAAUGAAAUAAUACCUGUCCUGAUUUUUAGCCAGCUGAAGAGAUCCUUCCAAAACUGCAAAAUGUUCAAGCAAGAAAAAAAAAUAAGUGCUCAAUCAUUUCAGGCUCUUUCAAACAAGAACAUUGAACGGGUGGAAGAUUUUGCAAGCUAAUAGAUUUCGAUUCAAGUUGCUUUAUUGGCAUGGUAAAAAGCCAAAGCAUUUGUAACAUAUACAUCAAAACUAUGGAAUAACAGAAAUGGAACUAUGGGAAUUAUGCUGUGACUAAAUAAAAUCCAAAAUAAAUCAAAACCGUGUUAUAUUUAAGCAUCUUCAAAGUAGUCACCCUUUGUCUAGAAUUUGCAGACAUGAACUCUUGACAUUUUCUCAACCAACUUCUUGAGGUAUCACCCUGGGAUGAUUUUUAAACAGUAUUGAAGGAGUUCCCAUCUAUGUUGGGCACUUAUUGGCUGCUUUUCUUUAUUAUUUGGUCCAAUUCAUCAAUUUCAAAAAACAUUUUUUUUUUAAUUAAAUUUUAGUUUUAUAAUGAAAUAAAUUAAUAUGUUGGCACAAUUAUAUUUUUGUCUACAAAACUAAUUUCAAACAUUUAAGAUCAAAAGAUUUUUAAGAUCAUGAGAAACAUUUCAGUCAAGUGUUUCAAAACUUUUGACCGGUAGUGUGUAUAUAUAUAUAUAUACACACACACACAUAUGCCGUUUACACCAUUAACUGUUUUCUAUCAGACUUAAAGGUGUCCUCUUCCUCCAGGGGGUACUUGGCGGCUCUGAAAAUAGAACCCUUCAUUGACCUGCUCUUUAAUCUCUGGAUGUUUUUAGUCUUUUUGGACCCAUUUGCACACCCAUUUUUUGAGAAAUAAAAUAUUUUAAAUACAUCCAUUUUAAAGAAAUAAUAAUUCUCCUACAAGUGGACAUCCGAUCCAGUAAUCUCAAUAUAUCUUUUUUUUUAUUAAAAAAAAUAAAAAUAAUUAUUAUUAUGCUUUGAACAACAAAACACGGCUACAAUACAACAUACAUUUUUGUACCAGGGGAGCAAGAAAAAAAAAAAUUAUAAAAAAAUAAAAAUAAAAAAACAUACAUACAUUCACGAAGACACUUGACCUUUGAUUUAUACAAAGAUUUUGAAGACAGAGCACAGCUGAACAGUUUUUAAAGCUUUUCUAUUAGUACUGUUUUGAAUAGUAGAAAUAUAAUUCUCAAUUUCUUUGAAUACUACUGAAAAAAGGGGCUUUUUGUUAGAAAACUUACAUUUAUGAAUGUGAAAUUUGACUAAUAAAAUAAACAGAUUAAGUAAGCUUCACUAUUGACACUGUUGUCAUACUUUAAAAAAACAAAAAUGACAUUUUCAAAAUGCAAAUCAAAUCGAGUUUCUUUUCAUUAAUAAACGUAGACACAUCUUUCCAUAACUUUUUCACAUAACUACAAUGCCAAAAAAUGUGGGGCACUGUUUCAAAGUGCAAAGAGCAAAAAGAGCAGUUAACAUAAAUUGAUUUUACCUUAUUUGUAACAAAAAACUUAUGAGGCAAUAACCAAACACUUUCCCAAUGAAGGUCAUUAACAAAUUUGGCCCAAUAAGCAGUAGUGUAAGACUUGGUGGCAACCUCCUUUAAAAACAAAGAAUGAAUAGAUUUAUUGUUGUUUUUGGAUUGUAAAAAACAAAUUUUACCACAUACUGUAUCAGUUGGGUUAAUUAUGGGCAUAUCAGUUGGCUUCAUUACUUCUCUACAUAAAGAAAUUACCCCAGAAUUAAUGGCAGAAAAUACAAGAGAGAAUUCCAUGGGAAUCACAGGAAGAUUAAAUUGCAAAAGAAAUUCGUCAUAGGUCAUAAGGUUUCCCUGAGAGUUAAAUAACUGAUGGACUAAAACUAUACUUCUAUCAAACCAGCUUUAAAAAAAUACUUUUGUGCUUUUACAAAAUACAGCGGUUAUUCCAAAUAAAAUAACGUUGCAGUAAAAAUUGUGCUUGUAAAUCAGCUUCCAAGCCAAUAAAGUUGUGCAUGAAAGGCAGAUCAUUUCUUAUAAUCACACAUUAAUAAAAUAGAAAGGCCCCCAAGUUGGUCCAAAAUAAAAUUUGAAAUAAAAAUCCACAAAGAAGGUUUAUUCAAACAGAAUUUUAGCCAAUUAAUUUUAAAGGUAUUAUUUAAAGUAGAAAAAUCUAGAAAAUCAAGGCCGCCUUUUUAAGUGAAUUUAAAACAACAGAUUUACAAAUACAGUGCACACAGUUUUCAAAUCUGAUCAAUAACUUUAACAAUUUUAUUGUGUAGGUGUAUAAAUGAAGCAACAUAGGUGAAUCUAGAAACUCCUGCUUUUGACAGAAGAACUCUAAGGGACAGGUCCCUUCAUAACCAAAGAUUAAAUUUCUUUUCAAUGGCAAGAUUAAAAUUCAAAGAAACUCCAUCUUGUUCCCUUUUCGAGACAACAAUGCCUAAAUAAUUAACAGCUUCUUUAACAGGAAUACCAUCCACAGAUAAAAGGAAGGAGCUGUUCAAGGCUAAUAUUUCACUUUUUUUUUAAAUGAAGGUACAAACCUGAAGCAUUUGAAAAUAUCUGAAUAUUUUUUAUUGCCUGAUGAAUCUGACUAGAGUUUUUUUUUUUUUUUUUAAUAACAAGGCUGUGUCAUCUGCUAGUUGACUAAUCAGAAUACUUCUACCAGCAAUAUGAAUUCCUUCUAACUUCCUAUCCGUAAUAACAUGACAAAAGGCCUGAGCUACAAUAAGAAAGAGAUAUACAGAGACUGGGCAGCCUUGCUGAAUUCCUCUUUCUAAAACAAAUCUCUGUGUUGCACCAUGUCCUAAUUUCACUGAACUAUUUCCUCCAGCAUACAGAGUUUUCAAAAGUAGGGCCCAAAAACAAAACGCUCUUAAAAAAAAAAAAAAAAAAAAAAAAAGAAUUAAACCAUCAUCCACAAUAAGAUCUGAGUAAUCAAUAAUGUCGAAGACAAGUCUAAUAUUAUUAAAAAUAUGACGGAUUUUCAUAAAGCCUGACUGAUUCUCAUCAAUAAUGGAGUUCAAAACCAACUUAAAUCGCCUUGAGAAAAUAAGGGCGAACAAUUUAUAGUCAUUAUUAAGAAGGCUGAUAGGUCUCUAAUUGUCUAGGAAAAGAGUAUCCUUUUUAGGUUUAGGUUUUAAACAAAUGACACCUUGCUUCAUACUAGCAGUGAGCUCAGAACAAUUUAGGCUCUCUGAAUACACUUUUAAAAGGAAAGGGGAAAGGAGUUCAGAAAAAAAGCUUAUAAAAUUCAGCUGUUAUCCCGUCAUUACCAGGUGACUUAUCAUUUUUUAAGAAAGAAAUUGCUUCCUUAACUUCAUCAACAGAAUUAGGAGUCACACAUGUUUUUUUCCAUCGUGAUUAAUAGAGUUAACAGUACCAAGGUGCUUACAGAAAGUAUCUAAAUCAGCUACAUUAAAAUUAGAUUUAUACAAAUUCGAAUAAAGGUUAUGACAAAAUUGUGAAAUUUCUUUGGAUUUUUCUGAGACAGAAAUUAUGCAAAGAAUAAAAUAAGUGUGUGCCAGAGUAUAAUAAAAACAAAAUCAAAACGCUGAAACUUCACUUAUCUAUCAAUAUCAUACUAAAUAAUACAAUUACAUGCCUUCUUGCUUGUACAGUUAUACAAAACACUACAGUAUUGUUAAAAAGUGAAAUAAAAAUGGCAUUCAUAUGGAUCAUCCCCAUUAACAUUAAUAAUUGUAUGGCCAUUGUAAUACACCAUUAUAUAAUUUCCCCACCGUUGUAAAACAUUAUUUUGUUAUAUCUUUAUGACGUUUUCCAUAUCAAUCAAAAAACAAGUGAAUGUGAAUGAAUGUAAAUGUAACUUAUGCACUUUUGUUUCCAUUAUAAGCGCUUCUUUCAAUGGAGCUCGCGCGAGCAACGCAGGGCUAGCAGUAGCAACAAGAGCUCGCGAGAAGAGCCGUGAACGCAGCAACAAGACAACCAAAAUAAAGUGAGCACAACAAACCCGGAGUGUAUGAUGGCGGCGUCGCAGCUGCGCCGGGACAAGAAAUCCACCGCCGCCCAUCUGAAGGCAGACCUCAAGCGGACUGACAACAGCUCGGCGCUGCGGCAGCUGCAGGAUCUGCUGGAUAGCGUGCUGAACCCGGAGCGCGGCUCGGACCCGGAGGCGCUGGAGUGGUGUAAAUGGCUGCUGGCCGGAGGGGACGGCUUCGACGACUUCUGCCGGACCGUCCGAUCCUACGACAAUGCCACCCUCUGCGGGCUGGUAUGGACGGCCAACUUUGUGGCGUACCGCUGCCGGACGUGCGGCAUCUCGCCGUGCAUGUCGCUGUGCGCCGAGUGCUUCAAUAACGGUGAUCACACGGGCCACGAUUUCAACAUGUUCCGGAGUCAGGCCGGUGGGGCCUGCGACUGCGGGGACGGGAAUGUCAUGAGAGAGAGCGGGUUUUGCAGUAGGCAUCAGUUAAAAACUGGUGAGAAUGUGCCCUCCAUCCCUCGUGAUCUGCUUCUCAUGUCUGAGAUGGUUCUGCCGCGGUUUAUCAUCACUAUCAUCCAGUACCUGAGAGACGGCUACAUAGAACCAGAGUCGGCGGCUGACAGAGAUCUACAGAAGGUUCUUCAGCAGUUAGAGCCACACAUAUCGUUCCUAGAAGAGCUCACCAAGAUGGGUGGGGCCAUGCGCACUGUUCUCACCAAGAUCUUAACCAAUCAGCAGACCUUUAAAGAGCUGAGUAUGGGUCAAGAGGAAAAUGUUUAUGCAAAGAGGAACUAUGAGAAGUAUUUGUCUGCUUUGAAGAGUUCAGGGCUGGUGUCAGUGGAGGAGAAGGGGGCAGGAGGAGCGGGCGCUGGGGCAACAGACAGUGCUGCAGGAGCACUCAGUCUACUGGGAGCCACUGCAGCUGCCAGUCUGGAGGAUUCUAGCAAAGAGGAGGAUCAGGAUGGACUGCAGGGUGUGGGCCAGAGGAAAAGAGUCAAGCUCAGUAACACUACCAAAGAUCCAUCUAUAAUGGACACAUUGAAGCAUAAAUGUUUUUUAGAAGAGUUAUUGUUUUGGACUAUUAAGUAUGAAUUUCCUCAGAAGAUGGUCACAUUUUUGCUCAACAUGUUGCCAGAUCAGGACUACAAGAUCAUGUUCACUAAAACAUUUGUUCAGCACUACGCCUUCAUCAUGAAGACCCUUAUGAAGAGUCAUGAGUCAGACACCAUGUCCAACCGCAUCGUCCACAUCAGCGUGCAGCUCUUCAGUAACGAGGAGCUGGCAAGACAUGUCACUGAGGAGUGCCAGCUGCUGGACAUCAUGGUCACUGUGCUCCUGUACAUGAUGGAGAGCUGCCUUAUCAAGAGUGAACUGCAAGAUGAGGAGAACAAUCGUCAUGUGGUGGUGAACUGUGGUGAAGCUCUACUGAAGAAUAACACCUACUGGCCUUUAGUUAGUGAUUUUAUUAAUAUCCUCUCACACCAAAGUGUGGCCAAGCGCUUCCUUGAGGAUCACUCUCUGCUGCUGCUCUGGAUGAGCUUCGUCUCCUUCUUUCAAGGGAUGAAUCUGAAUAAGCGAGAGCUGAACGAGCACGUGGAGUUCGAGUCUCAGACGUAUUACGCAGCGUUUGCAGCUGAGCUGGAGGCGUGUGCUCAGCCCAUGUGGGGUCUCCUCACACACUGCAAAGUCAAAGAGACACAGGAGUACACAAAGACUGUGGUGCGGUACUGUCUGGAAACUCUACAGAUGUGGUUUGAUGCCACUGGGUUUGUGGAUGAGCCUGCACCCAACCAGCUGACUUUUCAUCUACCUCUUCACCGAUACUAUGCCAUGUUCCUCAGCAAGGGAGUGAAGUGUCAAGGUCUGGAUUUGGACAGUCUGCUGCCUGAUCAGGAAAUGCUGAUGAAGAUCAUGGUUCAUCCACUGCAGAUACAGGCCAGUCUGUCUGAGAUCCACAGUAACAUGUGGGUGAGAAAUGGACUGCAGAUUAAAGGUCAGGCGAUGACGUAUGUCCAGUCUCACUUCUGUAACUCUAUGAUUGACCCAGACAUCUACCUCCUGCAGGUGUGUGCAUCUCGACUGGAUCCAGAUUAUUUUAUUUCCUCUGUGUUUGAGAGGUUUAAGGUGGUGGAUUUGUUGACGAUGGCAUCUCAGCAUCAAAAUGCAGUGCUGGACUCGGAGCAGGAGAGACCCAUGCUGGAGGGAGCGCUCACCUUCCUCGUCAUACUGAGCAGUCUCCGAAUACACUUAGGAAUGUCAGAUGAUGAGAUUUUGAGAGCAGAGAUGGUGUCACAGUUGUGUAUGAAUGAUCGUACCCAUAGUUCCCUGCUGGAUCUAAUCCCUGAGAAUCCGAACCCUAAGAGCGGUGCGGUUCCGGGCAGCUGUAGUUUUGAGGAGAUGUUGUCUUCUGUAGCUGAUUUUAAAGCCCCAGUGUUUGAGCCUGGAGGAUCUAUGCAGCAGGGCAUGUACACACCUAAAGCUGAAGUCUGGGAGAAGGAGUUUGACCCUAUAAUGGUGAUUUUACGCACGGUGUACCGCAGAGACGUGCAGUCGGCCAUGGAUCGAUACUCCGCAUUUCUGAAGCAGUCAGGCGUUCAUACAGGGAACCCCUGGCCGCCCUAUAAAGAGAGGACCCCUCUGCACCCGUGCUAUAGAGGACUGGUGCGCCUGCUGCACUGCAAAACUCUGCACAUUGUCAUCUUUACACUGCUUUAUAAGAUCUGGAUGGAUCAUCAAAAUAUGUCUGAACAUGUGUUGUGUAUGGUGCUGUACCUCAUAGAACUCGGAAUGGAUAACCAGAUCCAGGAGGACAAAGUAGAGGAGGAGCCCUGUAUCGAGGAGCACUGCCACGACAGCUGGUUCCCCGGCACCAGUCUGCUGUCUAACCUCCAUCACAUCAUCAACUUUGUGCGGGUGCGAGUGCCAGAGACGGCCCCGGAGGUGGAGAAAAAUAGAGAGAGGGAGAGAGAGAGAGAGACUCCGGCCAGCACCAGUGCAGAUGGCAGCAGUUUCGGACAGAGUUCCAGGAGGCUGACAGGGAAUUGGAGAGAGAACCUGCGUGAAGCUCAAGUGUUCAGUCUGGUGGCAGAGCGCAGGAGGAAGUUCCAGGAGAUCAUAAAUCGCAGUAACCACGAGGCCAGUCAGGCAGUGCGGCCCAAGUCCUCGUCCUCUCGCUGGCUGCCGCCGGGCUCACCGCCGCAGCUGGUCACUGAGAUCCUGGAGAUCCGUGAGAGCAUGCUGUCUCUCCUGGUGAAGCUCCACCAGAAAUUGUCUGCCAAGCAGAACUCUCUGUCCCUGAGCUGGCUGACCGAGUCGGAUCCAGCCCGGCACACACACGGAGACGGCCUUACAGCCAUCGAAAGAAUCCUGGCCAAAGCUGCGUCCCGCAGCCAACACAGCAAGAGAUGUCUGCAGGAGAUCUGCAGGAAGGUGUGUCCACCCAUACCACCCAAGAAGAACAGUCCUGGAGACAAGAAGAACAUGGACAAGGAGGAGAGGCGUCAACGGGCAAGAGAGAGACAGCAGAAGCUACUGGCGGAGUUUGCCUCCAGGCAGAAGAGCUUCAUGGAGACGGCCAUGGAUGUUGAGACACCUGAAGCAGAUGCCGUGAUGGACGUGGGCUCAGCUGAACCUCUGGACUCAGAGGUUCUGUAUGACUGUGUAAUCUGUGGUCAGAGCGGCCCAUCAACUGAAGAUAGACCCACAGGACUGGUGGUACUGCUGCAGGCUUCAUCAGUGUUGGGGCACCGUUGCCGUAGUGACACGCCGAAGCAAUUGCCCACUACAGAUGAAGAACAUAUUUACCCCGAGGACACGUGUGGAGCGACCCAUGACGUUAGACUGACCCUUAUGCAACGCUACUUUAAAGAUAGUUCCUGUCUGCAGUCAGUGUCUAUUGGCUGGGAUGGGGGUGUGUAUGUGCAGACGUGCGGUCACACUCUACAUAUAGACUGUCACAAGUCAUACAUGGAGUCCUUACGGAAUGAUCAGGUUCUGCAGGGGUUUUCCGUGGAUAAGGGCGAGUUCACCUGCCCGCUGUGUCGUCAGUUUGCCAACAGUGUUUUGCCCUGUCGGCCUGGGCGUGGCAUGGAGACAGGCGGCUGGCACACACCCAGCAACAAGAGCAUGAGCACACUGGUGAAGGAGGUGGAAGACCUGCAGGAGCAGAUGGGCAUUUUCCCAGCUGAGUCAAAUCUGAGUAAAGAGAUGGAAUCAGUUAUAAAGAACAUUAAAAACACCACGCAGAAGAAAUACAUGGAUUACGGGAAGAACCCAGGGUCGCCUGACAAUGACUUCCUGUUCAUGUACUCUGUGGCCAGGACAAAUCUGGAGUUAGAGUUGGUUCAUCGUGGAGGAAAUCUAUGCAGUGGAGGGGCUAGUGCUGCUGCCAAACGCUCUUGUCUCAAUCAGCUGUUUCAUGUGUUGGCCAUGCACAUGCAACUGUACAGCAUAGAUUCAGCAUACAACCCCUGGACCAGACUCACACAGAGCACGCACAGCAGAGAGACUGAGUACUGUGAUGAAGAGCAUCCUGAGGUGCCAAUGCUCUUCAGAGAUGUCCCGUCCCUCCUCAUCAUCUUCAUCCUCACCAUGCCUCAGCCUUUACGCAGAGAGCACUUCACGUGUGUAGUACAGGUGUUGUACAGUCUGCAGUACACACAAGCUCUGGCUGCUCUGUCCAUCAGAUUUAGCCGAGAGGAGAGGCAAGCCUGGAGUAACAUUGGAGCUGCCAAGAAGAACACGCCAAACUCUGACAAAUCAUGGGAGUCGUUGCUGGGUCAUGUGAUCUCUGAGCUGAAGAAUGCCAAAGAUGUAUAUGACACCAACUCUGAGGAAACUUCUGUGCUGAGCUCCAGUGUGUGGUCUCCUCAGUCUAUUGAGUUCACCCUACAGCAGUUCUGUCUGCCCUUCCUGAGACUGUCCUGUUUGCUGCAACACCACCUGUAUGGAGACAGCUUACCCGGCUGCCCGAUGGAAGAGGAGUUCUCCCUGCUGACCGGCUGUCUGGGUUUGGUUGGUUCUGUUCAGUCCAGCACGACCAUGAGCAGUGCAGCGUGUCUCCAGUGGAAUUUCAAAGCCUAUGAUCUUAUCUCUCAGUGGUGUUCAGAGGUCAUCACUCUCUCCGAUACGCCUACCCAGCAGUCUGCGUCUCUGUUAGUUCAGGACCCUCAGUGGGCGGCCCCUCGUCUACUGCAGCUCCCAGACAAUUACAACACCAUCUUCCAGUACUACCACAGGAAAUCCUGCACCAGCUGUGGCAAGACCCCCAAAGACCCUGCGCUGUGUCUGGUGUGUGGAGCGUUCGUCUGUCUCAAGGGUCACUGCUGUAAGCAGCAAGGUGUCUGUGAGUGUGUACUGCACUCCCAGCACUGUGGAGCGGCGACGGGUAUUUUCCUCCUGAUAAACGCCUCUGUCAUCAUAAUCAUCCGAGGCCAUCGCUUCUGUCUGUGGGGGUCUGUGUAUCUGGAUGCUCAUGGAGAGGAGGAUAGAGACCUACGCCGAGGAAAGCCUCUGUAUUUAUGUGAGGAGAGGUACCGUGUUCUGGAGCAGCAGUGGGUCUCGCACACCUUUGACCACAUCAACAAGCGCUGGGGUCCCCACUACAAUGGACUUUAACAUUAGCGUCCCAAUCCCAAACCAUAUACUGGAAAGGAGAUGACACAUGAUGUCAGCGCAGCCUCGAUGACUUCUGUUGUGUAAUAUAAAAAAAGUUGAGUUGGCUUCUGCCACAGCCUGGGUUCAUGUGAAGUUUAGUGUACAAUCAAGCCUAAUGACUAACUGUGUGUGUGUGUUUUAAAAGUGAUUUUCUGUGUGGAAUUCAAAGGGAGAGUUUUGUUUUGUCCCAGCAAGCUUACAGUGAAAGCGAAGGCUAGUCCUACACUGAGUGAAUCUGUUAAUCCUUGUGGACGCAUAAGUGGAAAAAUGCUUCUGUUCGGUUAUGUUUGGAAAAUGGACAGUUUUGAGACUUUGGGAGAAAAAAAUCUGACCAAUGUUAAACAAAUCAUGUACAGAUAUCAGAAUUAUUAUCAAACCUUUGAGCACUAAAGUAACGAAGACAUGUAGACUCUCCACAUAUCCCCGCCACCCCAUGACCAGUGCAAUGUGUAGUGAUGUCAUAAUAUUUGAGUUGAAACGCAUCUCAUAAGAUUCAUUCUGUAAGCUCAGAGACCUUUAUAUGCUGAUGUGGGUUCGACACCCUUUAAGGAGAAUUACUAAAGCAGGGUAUGAGACAAAAUUUCAACCAAUUAGAAAUGAAGCAAGAUUUGUCUCUGGUAUAGUUACAGUCAUCCUCAGGAAUUGUAUUUUAUUAUUUUUGUUUUGUAGUCUCAGAUAAAAUAUUUUAAUAUUUAAAAAGUGCUGCUAUUCCUUGUUUAAACAUUUUAAUUAUAGCUUUGUAAAAAACUUUUUACAGUUUGCAUCUUUUUUUUUUUUUCCCUAAUGAAGGCUCUGUUGAUGGUGGUUGGCUGGUCUGUUGAGUUUAUAAAAGUAUUCCCCUGCAACCUUGUACAGUGUUUCUAAGCACAUUCUAUCUCAGAACCAGUCUAUAUACAAUGCUCUUUGGUCAUUUUCCUUGUCUAAAGGUUUUCAUUUUCCAAAUCAAGACUGAAUUUGAUUCUAACAGCUGGUUUAAUGUCAUAAAAACUUGUCCAACUCAAGAGAAAAAAGGACAACAAAGCCUUUUUGGGGACCAUCAAGAUUAUUUUUUUAUUUUAUUUUUUGCUUUACAUUAUUCUCAUGACAAUUUAGCACAUUUACCACCAAAUUCUCAUUACGGUUAUAAGUCUGAACCCUUUUGAGUUUCCCAUUGUUCUCAAUGGUAACAAAUACUACAAUGUUGUAUCAGUACUGUAUGAUUUAAAUCAUACUUUUGUCAUACUUUUUUUUUGUUUGUUUUUUUGCUUGCAUUACAGGAAUGAGAAUAUGUAGAGUAAAUUCUGCUUGAUUGUGAUAAAAUAUGUGCAAAAAAUCUGAAUGGUCAUAAAGUUUGCAUUUACUUUAUGCUAAAUAGAAAUUAUUUCUAUGUUUUGAUUUUUGGGUGAAAAAUGUUUUGACAGGUUUUGUGAGAUUUACCCAACUAUAGCAAUCAAAAUAUUUGACUGCUGUCACUCAAAGUCUUAACUAUACAGUAUUUCCUUUAUUCGAAUUACAUGAUAAUGCCAAGACUAGUUGGUCCAUAGGUGGCAGUGUUUCAUCAACUGGAUCCUCACAACUGUUAAAUUCUAAGACAGAACAGUUUAAGACCGUUCUAUUGGACUUACAUAUAUCUACAAGGAGCCUAUACUCUCCUUCUUUAGGAAUUUGCAGACUAAGAAGUUUUCUCUUGUUAAAUCUUGUUGAAAGACAUAAUUUAUGUGUCAAUAUGACACUUUUUGAUGCACACUUCACCCAGAUAUUGAAUUUAAAAUCCUGUCCUGAUUUAAUAUGUUCCUGAGAAAAUGAUGUCAAUUUCUAUUUUCUGUUUUCUACAGCUUUGAAGCUCUGCCAGAUUGUGUUUAGAUGCUUUAAAACCUCAACAACAAAAGAAAAAAAUAACUUAUCAAAAAACCAAAAACAAAAGUUGUGGUCCUCUUCACAAAUAGACUUUUAGUGAAGGUUAGAUUACUUAUUUAGUGUAUAAAAAAAUGUGGUGUUCCCCAAGGAUCUGUCAUUGGACCUUUGCCAAUUGUGGUAUUCAUAGCAUUAGAUAGGGCAUUAUGCACAAUAUAAUAUUUUAAAAUGCAUUCAAUUGGAUCACAUGAAAAUCUAAAUAUUACAGCCCAGUCCAGGUGUGGACAUUUACAGUAAAGUAUGGUGCACUUUUUAUUUUAUUCAGCUUUUCUGUCAGGGGGUGGUUUAGUUUGAGUAUGUCCCAUUUUCAUUGUUGCCCACUUCAAAUUUAAAAAAUCAAGUUUCACAUUAAUAUACCCAAUUUUAUUUUUAUUCAUUUCUACAAUUUAUCUUUAUGGAUUUUCUUUUGGUGGUAUCACAUUGAGAGCUCUUGAAAUUAAAAAAAAAAAUCUUAUUUCAUUGUAUAUAUUUUUUUUAUUUAAUUGACCAAUUUAAAUGCAGUACUGUUUCCCAUAUGAUAUUUUUGUAUGUCAUUUUGAUUGUGAGCCACAAUCAAAAUAACAACAUUAGAGCCUGUUCUGAAAAUCAUAUUUAAUGCAAUUAUAUGGACACAUGUAACCCAACUAUGUUGAGGGCACUUUUUCUUACUUUGUUUCCUUCUUUAAGACUUACAAGCACCUACAAUACCACACACACAUAUUCAGACACUCAAAUUCAACUGAAACGGCAUUUUGGUUUGUAUUGAUCAGUUUGAUUUGAUAGAUAUUGUUAUUGCUGCAGUCACGCCAUGCUGGAGGAAGAAGGUUUUUCGGUGCACUUGAAUUCUUGAUUUCAUGCAUGCUGCUGUUUUUUUUUUUUUUUUUUUUUUUUGGUUUUGUUUUCCCUUUCAGCACUCUGCUUUCUCUUCCUGCCCACUUUGUAUAGACAGACAUUUUUGAUCAAUGUGCUGGUGGAUAAUGGAUGUGGAAGCUGGUGUGUUCUCCUGCUGUGAAUGCGUGUAAGGCAGGCAGUAAUACAGUACAUUACUGUAAGUGCUGAUUUAGACUCUUUGAUGUCAUCUCUGAAGGGGUGAAUUUUAAUGACAUUUAAUGCAAAAUGUAACAUAUGUGAAUAAAAUAUACAGAUGCUCUGAUGUACCUUUGUUUGUUUGUUGAUGUGCCUUAAACUUUUUCUCCAGAUAUUUUGCAUUUGUGAAUAAUCCACGGAUUAAUAUAUGAUCUGCUCUGCUGGAUAUGCAAAGAUGUCAAUCAAAUCAUAUUAUCCCACUCCAUGCCCAAAGUACCAGGGAUGUAACACCAUAGGCAUUGAGGGACCACCAUAGGGUUCACUACCCCAAUAUUGAGAUUAGUAGUUAACCAAUAAGGGGUUAAAUAUGUGGUUACAGCUUUAGCAAGUAUUGACAUUAUGAUUACUAUCCCUAAGCGCUUCAUUUUAACUCUGUCACAUUCCUUGUAGUGGUGGUGUAGUGAUUUGCCUCAAUCCGGGUGGCGGAGGAUGAAUCCCAGUUGCCUCCGCAUCUGAGACCAUCAACCCACGCAUCUUAUCACGUGGCUUGUUGAGCGCGUUGCCACGGAGACAUAGUGCAUGUGGAGGCUUCAGGCCAACUCACCAUGCCCCCACUGAGAACUAACCACAUUAUAGUGACCAUGAGGAGGUUACCCCAUGUGACUCUACCCUCCCUAGCAACCGGGCCAAUUUGGUUGCUUAGGAGACCUGGUUGGAGUCACUCAGCAAGCCCUGGGAUUCGAACUAGCGAACUCCUGGUGUGGUAGCCAGCGUCUUUUACCACUGAGCUACCCAGGUCCCCCUGUUCCAAGUCAUUUACAAAAAAACUACAAAAAUGAAGGGCAUCUUGUUAAGGGGAAAAUAUUUCACACAUGAAAGCGUCUCUGUUUCAUAUGUAACCUCGGUUCCCUCAGAUGUAGGAAACGAGACAUUGCAUCACUAAGCUGACUCUAUGAGGAGUGUUCUUCUACACAGCCUAGUUGAAACCUUUCUACAAUAACACCAGGAUUGGCUAUGGUGUUUAAGCCCCACCCUUUUAGGCGUGAAGAUGUCCGGUAUAAAAGCAGGUGCACAAACACCAUUCCUCAGAAUUUUCUGACUGAGGGACAAAGAGCGCACCGCUCGCACCUCAAAAAAACCCUGAGUCCGUUAUGUGGCCGCUUACGCAAUGUCGCGUUUGAUGGAUCUCUAUAAAUUGUUUCUUUUUAUAUUAAUCAAUUUUCUAUUUUUUUCUUACUACUAUAAGGUGCAUGUAGCAUGUAUGUAAUCUGAGGUGUGACUGAGGGUCUGUAUAUCAGGAAUGCAAUAACAGUGAUUGUUCAUUUAACCCGGCUCCCAGAGAACAUUCAUUUUUAUUGUAAUGUAUAUAUUACAUAAUUAAUCAACUAUACCAUAACCACUUGAUUUUACUUUAUUUCUUCAUGUGACUCAUGUACUGACCUUUCCUUGACUGCCUUUUAUGUGUGUGUGUGUGCGCGCGCCUGAGGUUAUUUGGAAACAACUAAGAUAUGGGAGUGCGACAACCUUCAGAGAACAGAGUGUUCUUUUGUCUGUAUGUGUGCGCAAGCAAGUGCAUCUCACGGGUUUGUGUGUGACCAUGGUCAUGUGCUAGUUAGAGGAGUAUAAAAUACAGCUGUUAUUUAGCAAACUUUGUUAUAUCAAGGUGUAUGUCAACCAGUGCUUUCUUGAGCUUCAAUAAAGCAAUUA